AUGCGUGAAUCACGAGAAGCAUUACGUUUCAUUGGUUACUGUCCACAGUUUGAUGCGCUGCUUGAUCUUCUUACAGUGCGGGAACACCUUCAGCUCUACGCUGGCAUUCGUGGUGUUGUUCAAGCGCAGCGUGCGACGGUGGUGGAGGAACUCAUGCAGUUGUGUGAACUCACAUCAUACGCCAAGACCCGUGCUUCUGCGUUGAGUGGCGGCAAUCGCCGUAAGUUGUCUGUUGCGCUUGCGUUGAUUGGCGGCCCGCGUGUUGUCUUUUUGGAUGAACCCUCCGCCGGGAUGGACCCUGUGGCCCGCCGUGGUCUCUGGACGGCUGUGCAGUCCAUCGCGAGCAACUGCGCUGUGGUCUUGACAACACACCACUUGGAGGAAGUGGAGGCACUCGCCCACCGUGUGGCCAUCAUGGUGGACGGCACCCUGCGCUGCAUUGGCAACAAGACACAUCUCAAGAAUAAGUACGGCAGUGGAUUUGAAAUGACAAUUCGCACACAUGAGAAUGUGCCACGUGAGGAGGUGGAUGCCUUCAUUCAACGGAGUUUCCCCGCCGCGCAGUUGGAUGAGGUGCGAGGCCAUCGCUACACGUACGCACUCCCCGCAGGCACGCGGCUGUCGGAGGCGUUUGGUGAACUCGAGCGCCACCGCGAGGAAGUGGGCAUCGCCGACUACGCCGUUUCACAGACAAGCAUCGAACAGGUCUUUCUGCGCAUUAGUGAAGGGGCAGAGGAGGAUGAGACACACCAGGAAGAACAUUCGCAACAAAUGGAAGAUCUUCUAUAA